AAAUAUUUGAAUCAAAUUCGCUUAAUACAAACAACUAUCCUCACACAAUCCUUCCUGUUCUUGUACAAAUUAUUCACUUCUUUUCUACAAAAAAACAAGACUGUUUAUUUUUACUCCUAUCUGCUUUUCUUUUCCCUUUUCCUUCUUUCACUUCAGAUUCGGGAGUGUAGGUGUCGCGGAGAGAUUUAUUUUUUAUUCAUACUCUGAUUGCAUUGAAGGCCACUAUCUGCAGUAAUGUCUGGCGGGGAGGGCAGAAAACUAUCGAAUCAAGAUAUACAACUGGUGAAAAAUCGUAUUGAGCAGUGUCUUCAGCAAUACAUGAAUAAAAAGGAAGUCAUUAAUGAUCUCAUCGUUCAGGGCAACGUAGAGCCGUGUAUUACUGAAUUGGUUUGGCAGAGGCUUGAAGAUGAAAAUCAAGAUUUUUUCAAGGCUUAUUAUCUCAAGUUGUUGGUGAAGGAACAAAUAAUGGAAUUCAACCGGUUGCUUUCCGAACAGGUGGAUCUGAUGCGUAGAACUGGUUUAAACGGGAUUGAUCCUUACCUUCCAUCUAAUGGAUCACAUGUUUCACCAUCACAGCAUAUCUCGACCACCUGUCCUACUCAAAAUAUCCGACCCGUGAAAACAGAGAACAUGCAGCAGGAAAAUGUUUUUAACAAUUGUGGAUCAGCAAUUCAAUCAUGUCUGCAAGGAGCUAUGAAUGGGCCUGGUCUUAGUAGAAAGAUCGAUGUUUCUCCAAACUUAUUGCUGUCUCAAAACGCAGACAUGGGGCUGUCUCAGAUGCUAAACGGGAAAAGUGUGAAGACAGGAGCAGGUUAUGCUGGUAGCUCGCCUUUUGCUUUUAGUCCACCUAGCAAUUUUCUGGAAUCACGCCCUCUGAUGGGUGAUGCAUCUGUGUCAUCUUUCAGUAGCGUAGAUUCUAAUGCACAGCAUCUUAAUGAGACUCUCAUGGAUGGCGACACUUCCUCCUUCGGAUUUUUGGCACAAAUCCCGCAAAGUUUCUCUGAGUUGCCAGCUGAUUUCUCCACCAACUCGGAUUUACUGGAGAGUUACUGUGGGCCUCCCUUCCUACCAGGAGAUGCCAACAACUUUGCGAAUCCCCACGGGGAUGCUGAGAAUUUGGACCCUGAAUCCGAAAGUCUGAGAUUUCACUGCUUUGGUAGUGAGUGACUGGAUAUUCCAAUGGUUGGAUUGAUAUGAACAAAUUGCUGCACUUUGAAUCAUCCCAACACUACUACUUUGAUUUUGGAGUCAGAUUUAAUUACUUAAUUCUCCAUUUUGGGUGUUUUAGUUGUAUGCUUUUUGUUAGGUUUCACCUAUAUUUAUGCAAGUGUUUAUGUAUAAUGUUGCCAAAGUUGUAUAAAUAGGGGCAGUGUUUGUGUACAUUUGUUUUUUUGGGCUUAGAAGUGCAUGUUUUUAUUGUGUUAA